UGAUGAUGUUAGCAAGAAAGCAUGGACUCUGUGAACGAAACAUAACAUAGUAGAAGACUCUUGGCUGCUGUCUAUUUGUGAAAGUAUCCCGGUCUUUUUUAAUAACAUUAAAUAUUUGCGAAGAAAUUAUCCAAUUUCUCAAAUUGAUUUAAUGAUUUAGAAAUGGAUAUAAAAACAUGGGAUGAUUUGAAUCUUAGCCCUGGUGUGCUUGCUGCCAUACAAGAUUUGAAAUUUGAAUCACUUACUCCUGUACAGGCUGCAUGUAUCCCUCUCUUCCUCUCCAAAAAAGAUGUUGCUGUAGAAGCUGUGACAGGGAGUGGGAAAACACUGGCAUUCCUCGUGCCCAUGUUUGAAGUUCUCUUGAAAUAUGCUCCUUUCAAAAAAUUAGAUGUUGGAGCAAUUAUUAUAUCGCCAACCCGUGAGCUUGCAGCUCAAACAGCGGAAAUAGUUGACAUAUUUUUGAACCGAAUUCCGGAAUUUACCAGCAUUUUACUAAUUGGUGGAGAAUCUGUUAAUGCAGAUAUUUCCAAAAUAUUAGAAAAUGGGGCUAACAUUAUUAUAGCUACUCCUGGGAGAUUAGCAGAUCUUUUUAAUCAAAACAACACUUUAAAACUUUCAGCCUGUGUGAAAGCUUUGGAAAUUCUGAUAUUAGAUGAGGCAGAUAAAUUACUAGACAUGGGAUUUGAAAAAACAAUCAACACUAUCCUUGGUUAUUUGCCUAAGCAGCGGCAAACAGGUCUCUUUUCUGCCACACAGACGAAGGAAAUGGAAGACCUCAUACGAGCUGGCAUGAGAAAUCCUGUGUGCAUUGCAGUGAAGGAGAAGGGUUCCGCUGUGCAAAAGACACCAACAACCUUAUCUAACUUUUACAUGGUCUGUGAAGCUGAUGAGAAACUUAGUAUUCUUGUUUCAUUUUUAAAGUCAAAAGCUAAUUUGAAGAGUAUGGUGUUUUUUAGUACCUGUGCAGCUGUGGAUUAUUUUUCCUGUGUUUUGAAAGAGUUAAUAAAGCAUAUGCCUAUUAUAAGUAUUCAUGGGAAAAUGAAGAAAAAAAGACACAAGAUAUUUUCAGAAUUUAAAGAUCUUGUAAGUGGAAUUUUACUAUGCACAGAUGUGAUGGCUCGUGGAGUGGAUAUUCCAGAUGUGCACUGGGUUGUGCAAUUUGAUCCACCCAGUUCUGCUAGCUGUUUUGUGCAUCGUUGUGGUCGCACAGCACGCAUUGGAAAAACUGGACAUGCCCUGAUCAUGCUUCUGCCAAAUGAAGAAACUUUUGUUAAUUUCUUAAAUGUCAAUCAAAAGAUCCAGUUACAGAAUCUGAAAGCACCAGAUGAAAUGGUAAACGUGAUACCAAAAGUUAAAAAAUUAGCUUCUAAAAAUAGGGAAAUAUAUGAGAAGGGAUUGAGAGCUUUUGUAUCUUUUAUUCGAUUUUAUACCAAGCAUGAAUGUAAUUUAUUGUUUCGUGUCAAAGAUUUGGAUAUUGGAAGAUUAGCAACUGGUUAUGCUUUACUGAAAUUACCAAAAAUGCCAGAACUGAAAAAUAAAAUUCCUCCUAAUUUUAAAGCAAUGGACUUAAAAUUUGAUGACAUUCCAUAUUUAGAUAAACAUAGAGAAAAACAACGACAAUUGCGCUUACAAGAAGUUAUACAGAAUCCAAAAAAGAAAGGAAUGUCUAAAAAGAAGGAGGAGUGGCUGAAGUUGAAGAGGCAGAAAGAAAAAAAGCUAUUGAUGAAGAAAAAGAAAAGGAAAGGUUUUGAAUACUCAGAAGAAGAUCUGGAAGAGCUCGAGAGAGAUGCAAGAUUAGUCAAGAAAUUCAGAAAAGGAAAAAUUUCUCAAGAGGAGUUUGAUGCCGAGUUUGCUCCAAACUCGGAGGAAGAGUGCGUGUGAUAUCAGAUUUGUGUAUAUUGUGUAAAUAAAUUUUUUAAGCAUUUUU